CAUUCUCCGGAUAUUAUAUAAAGAGCCGCACAAGGACGUAUGCAAAAACAACAUUCCGUCAUUUGUUUUUAUUUUUUUAUUCUUACAUUCGGUAAUGUGAAACUCGGAGGGAAAGCGUAAAGACUUUUUUUUUUUUUUUGUCUUGGUAAAAUGAAUUGAAUGAAUUGAAUGUAUGGAAUGUGGAAUAUGAAUGAAAUGAAAUGAUUUGAUUUGAUUUGAUUUGAUUUUUUUUAGUGAAUGUGAUUCUAUUGCAAGAUGUGGAAAGAAAAGUUUGAAAGUGAUUGGUAAAAGCGUUUACCUCUCAAUAAGUUUCUUUUUCUUGGAGUAAUUGAAUUCAACCAGAGAGAGCGAAAAGACAGAGACUCGAAAGAGUCUGCAACUAAAAAAAAAAAAAAUAUCGUCUUAAACAACGUAUGAAUAUAAUAUUAUAAGAAUAAAAGAAUACAUUCCUGCUUUUCCUUCUAUGUGCGUGUACGUGGUGGUGGAAUUCACAAGUAAAAACGAACGAAGCGAAUCUUUCAACAACAGACUGGUAUUUUCUGUUGCAGACUCUUUCGAGUCUCUUUCUUUCUCUCUGUCUCGGUCUGUCUCUUUGUUUUCAAUUUUGGUGUCGUAUUUUUCUUUUCUUCCUCCUUUAAAUUUAAAAUAAACAAAAAAAUUGAUUUUUCAAGUUUCAAGUUUUAAUUGUUAUCUGUUGCCAUUCAUUUCACUUUGUUACUACCUCUUCUCAUCAUGGUUCCUCUCCACCGCUUCAAGUCUCUCCUUUUAGCAGUACUACUCAUUUUUGGUAUAUUCACCUUCUAUCCCAGUCGUCUCUCUCCCGAUGGUGCGAUACACACUGCAACAUCCACCACCGUACAUGCAUCCAAAGAGCUUCAUGGCGAUCCAAAAAAGUACACAUUUCUAGCAUUACUCACUCCUUCCUCCUCUGACGAUGAUCCAUAUUUUAAUGCCACUAGGGUCCUUGUUCAUCGUUUAAAGUAUCACCCCGUUACGAAAAGCAAGUAUCCGAUCCACAUUAUGGUUCUCCGUGGUACUGACGAAUGGAAAAUUCGCCGUUUAGAGGCUGAUGGCGCUUCCAUCCUUCUCGUCGACCCCAUUUCUCCUUCUGACAUGGUGCUCGACCUUGAUUCCAUGGCCAACGACAUUACCGACCGUUUCCAACACAUGUUUACAAAGCUUCGUAUUUUCCAGCAAACUCAGUUCGAUAAACUAUGCGUCGUUGAUAGCGAUAUUUUGCCUCUAAAAAACAUCGACGAUAUAUUCGAUACUCCUUUUCAAGGCAAACCACCCAACCCCAUCCCAUCCGAUCAGCAUCGUUACAGAAAUCCAAACGAUGGAAUGUCUCACUUUUUUUUGGAAGAUUUUCAAGACUACAAUGCAACCAUCGAUGAUUUCUAUCCUUAUCUUUUGGCUGCCACUUACGAUAGAGGAGAACAUCAUCUCAUUCCGCCCGAACCAACUGGAUAUUUUAAUGCUGGAUUAAUGCUCAUCCGACCUAGUCUUUUUCACUUUGAGCGUCUCUUGAAAAUUGGCGCUUAUCCCUAUAAAUACGAUCACGCUCGUAUGAUGGAACAAAGCUUACUGAAUGUUGCUUUCGGGGAACAUGGUUGGUUUCCAUGGACCCCUGUUGAUCCUUUUUAUAACGGAGUCUGGUGUUCUCCUCCAGAAUAUCGUCAUUUGAAAACUGCUCACGGUAAAUUUUGGCAAUUUGAUAGUACUGAAUUUGCUUCCAUCUACUUUGCUGAAUGGUAUCGCGCAUACGGUGAAAUGCUUGCCUUUCAUCAAUAUCAAAUUCGGUAACGUUUUCUAAUUAGUUAUCCCAUCUUAGCUUGUCCUUCCUUUCCCUUCGUUUGUUUGUUUGUUCGCUUACUCGUUUUUCCCAACAUGGAUCCCCACCCAAGUUUGUUAGAUCUAUCUACUUGUUAAUCUUUAUAGAAUGUUUUAUGAUUCUUUCAACUUUUACACAUAAAAAAAGAAUGCAUGGCACUUAUCUUGUAACUUUCAACUUGUCCACAAUUUUUUUUGUUUUUCUUUUGGAGUUUGUCUUUAAUUUCCCUUUUUCCGAAUUACAUUACGUAUAUGCUGCAUCUCCACCUUUCAGUAAACAAAAAUUAUAAACGAGCGCGAAAGCUAUAGCGAAUGUGACCGAUUCACAAAAAGUCCGUCGUGUGUCCAUUCAAGUUUUGUUACAGACAGGUUCUUGUGAAUUACUUGUUGACGGUACUUUAGAGAAUAAUUGGAUCCUCCUUUCUAGUCCUGAAUCCCAUAAUGUUGUUUUUCCUUUUUGAAAUGAUUGUCAUUCAUUUUGCUUCUUCGUAAAAGAGCUUUCUGUCUGGCUUUGUGUAUCAAAUACGAAUUGAUCUUUCUUAAUAUACACAUCUAUCUAUUCAUCCUUUGCAUCUUUUGUUUUACUUAACUCGAGACCAUCCAAGUUUUUAUUCUACAAAUUACAAGCUGAUACAAUACCUCUGCUAGCGGUGUAGAGUCUAAUAGUGUAUUGCCUUUUCCUACAAUAUACAAUCAUGGCUGACCCAUCAAAUGCCGCCAGUUUUUACAUUCAUCAGGUACAAGAAUUCCUUUUGUACUAAGCACGUACGUUGGAAACUUGCGGCGAGAGGAUAUUGUGUUACUUCUCCCAACAUGAAUUCCUUCAUUAAAAGCUAAACUUUUUUUGGCAUAUCCAUUUCAAUUCCAUAAAGCGUUUUAUCAAAUAUGUCUUUGUACCACUAAUGAGCUUAUUUUUAUGACAAACUUUACACUCCAAGGCCA